AUGGCGGAUGGAAUUGGCAGACAAGACGAUGGUCUGGUAGACAGCACAACUGGUCCAGUUUCGCCGCGUGCAAUGGACUCUCUAUCCAGACAGUCAAAUCCAAUCUUGGGUACUCUGAUGACAUGUAAGUCAUUGGUCUUUGUUCAUUGGGUCAAGUUGUUCAAUGGUUCGAGAGAGCUUCAAACGAUCAACAAUUACUUCAGAUCUGCGAGCCCUAGAGCUUUCAUCCCUUCAUCGUCUAAUAUCUUCGAAGCAAUUUCACGACGAGAGCGCAUUUUCAAAGCUCCACUUCCAAACGAAACAUACUAACUCGUAUCAGUGUUUAGUCAACUCGAGCAACGAGAAAAGGAACGGGAUCGGACCGAACAAGAUCUUAGACAAAGAAUUGCCAACCUGGAGAACCAACUGAAUAGUAUACACGGAACCUGCACCCAGUUAGAACAAAAGGUUGAUGCCGCAGCCCACGACUUUGAGAGAAUCUCUCUUUUUACGACUACAAACACAACAGCGGAGGGCGAACGACAUAGAAAGACGACAAGUGAUUCAGAUGAUACACUGGCUUCAAAUACCGAUGCGAGCUCUAUCUCGUCAUCUGAGAAUGUAUAUCAGUCAAAAGGUGAGAACUUUUGAUUAUGCGAGAGCUCAUAGAAGAGAAUGCCUUCUCUAUGAUUUCAUACAAUCCCUUGUUGAAUUUUUGCCAUCAUUAUUCACCCUUCAAAUUGAUUUAGCACUGACAGAACACUCAGGUACAUCCAAGGUCUUCUACAAAAAACCACGUCCUACACCAGAAGACAUCUGUUUCGCACCACAUCCUAAUACCAAUAAAAACACCACGUUCGCAGUCUCGAAAAAUACAAAUCCAACGAGGGCUCCUCCUGUCACGCCAAAGUUCCCGGAAGAUUAUAUGACUACAAUUCCCAACCAAGUUCCCGAUAACCGACGACUCUUCUGUACACCAAUCGAAGAAGAUGGUAUGGAAGGAGAUAUGCAAGUCAUCACUUCAGCCAGUAGUAAUUCCACAUCUUUGUUUGGAAAAACACCAGUAUCCUCAGUCCGAGGAAACGAAUCCAGGUCACCAGGACCCUCGCCCGUCAGUCACACUAAGAAUACAAGUAAUCGACGGGUCGUUCAUUCGGUUUCCAACAACAUAGAAGCCAUCGAGGCUUCUAUUAUCAACCCAAUGCAGUCCAAAUCUGCCAAACGCCCUUCCACCUCUCAAGACCCCCUGGCAAGCCAACUACCAAAACGAGCAAAACGCUCCAAGCCUUACGAUGCGCCCGUCUUCUCCCCUUCCUCUCCCUCCUCCUCUCCAUAA